CUCCCGUGAAGCCCCGCGCGCGGACGGACCGGAACUCUAAGCGGGUGGCUUGUUGAUAAUAUGGCGGCAGCAGCUGCCGGGGCAUCCCGAGGUGGCGGCAGCGCCCACACCCGGAAGAAGGGGCUGUUUUCGGACUAGUGCAGCGGCUCCUGCGGCCCCGGAAGUCCCGGCCAGCUGCUGAAUGAGGGGAGCCGGGCCCUCCCCGCGACACUCCCCCCGCGCCCUCCGCCCCGACCCGGGCCCCGCCAUGUCCUUCUUCCGGCGGAAAGUGAAAGGUAAAGAACAAGAGAAGACCUUCGAUGUCAAGUCCACUAAAGCUUCAGUAGCCGUACAUUCCCCACAAAAAAGCACUAAAAAUCAUGCCUUGCUGGAGGCUGCAGGACCAAGUCAUGUUGCGAUCAAUGCCAUUUCUGCCAACAUGGACUCCUUUUCAAGUAGCAGGACAGCCACGCUUAAGAAACAGCCAAGCCACAUGGAGGCUGCUCAUUUUGGAGACCUAGGUAGAUCCUGUCUGGACUAUCAGACUCAAGAGACCAAAUCCAGUCUUUCAAAGACCCUUGAACAAGUCUUGCGUGACACUGUUGUCCUUCCAUAUUUCCUUCAGUUUAUGGAACUUCGGAGAAUGGAACACCUGGUGAAAUUUUGGUUAGAGGCUGAAAGUUUUCACUCUACAACUUGGUCCCGAAUAAGAGCACACAGUCUAAACACAGUGAAACAGAGUUCACUGGCUGAGCCUGUCUCUCCAUCUAAAAAACAUGAAACUCCAGCAUCUUUUGUAACUGAGUCUCUUGACAGGAGGUUGGGGGAUUCUAGCUCAGCCCCACUGCUUGUGACUCAGUCAGAAGAAACUGACCUGAGUAGUAGAACUCAGAGCCCGCAGAAUCACCUGCUGCUCUCCCAGGAAUGCCACAGAGCCCAUUCUCUCCAUCGUGAAGUGGCCAGAACAGGAAGUCACCAGAUUUCCACGGACUCCCAAGAAUCCUCUUCCAGACUUGCAGUAGCCAAUAGAAACAGUUGCUCUUCUCCACUGAGAGAACUGUCAGAAAAACUAAUGAAAAGUAUAGAACAAGAUGCAGUGAAUACUUUUACCAAAUAUAUAUCUCCAGAUGCUGCUAAACCAAUACCAAUUACAGAAGCCAUGAGAAACGACAUCAUUGCAAAGAUUUGUGGAGAAGAUGGACAGGUGGAUCCCAACUGUUUCGUUCUGGCACAGGCUGUAGUCUUUAGUGCAAUGGAGCAAGAGCACUUUAGUGAGUUUCUGCGAAGUCACCAUUUCUGUAAAUACCAGAUUGAAGUGCUGACCAGUGGGACUGUUUACCUGGCUGAUAUUCUCUUCUGUGAGUCAGCCCUCUUUUAUUUUUCUGAGUACAUGGAAAAAGAAGAUGCAGUGAAUAUCUUACAAUUCUGGUUAGCAGCGGAUAAUUUCCAGUCUCAGCUUGCUGCCAAAAAGGGCCAGUAUGAUGGACAGGAGGCACAGAAUGAUGCUAUGAUUUUAUAUGACAAGUACUUUUCCCUCCAAGCCACACACCCCCUUGGAUUUGAUGAUGUUGUACGAUUAGAAAUUGAAUCUAAUAUCUGCAGGGAAGGUGGACCACUUCCUAACUGUUUCACAACUCCAUUACGUCAGGCCUGGACAACCAUGGAGAAGGUCUUCUUGCCUGGUUUUCUGUCCAGCAAUCUUUAUUACAAAUAUUUGAAUGAUCUCAUCCAUUCAGUUCGGGGAGAUGAAUUUCUUGGAGGGAAUGUUUCACUGGCUGCUCACGGCUCUGUCUGCCUUCCUGAGGAGUCUCACUCAGGUGGUUCCGAUGGCUCCACUGCUCAGUCUAGUGUGAAAAAAGCCAGUAUUAAAAUUCUGAAAAAUUUUGAUGAAGCAAUAAUUGUAGAUGCUGCAAGUCUGGACCCAGAAUCUUUAUAUCAACGGACAUAUGCAGGGAAGAUGUCCUUUGGAAGAGUUAGUGACUUGGGGCAGUUCAUCCGAGAGUCUGAACCUGAACCUGAUGUGAAGAAAUCAAAAGGAUUCAUGUUCUCACAAGCUAUGAAGAAGUGGGUGCAAGGAAAUACUGAUGAGGCCCAAGAAGAGCUAGCUUGGAAGAUUGCAAAAAUGAUAGUGAGUGAUGUUAUGCAGCAGGCACACCAUGAUCAACCACUAGAGAAGUCUACAAAGCUAUGACUCGAAACCAGAGAUAAGGAAAUCUGAUUUUGAAAAAAAUAAGAACUUUCCCCUUUGGUUGGAUUCCUCAACACAGCCGAUGAAAAUGGAGCACUGCAUUUCUUUUCACUGCUAGAUCACUGUUUCCAGGAAAGAGUGGGAGACAGUCCGAGAGCGGUUGUUAAAUGUAGACAUAGAUGACACCCAUGACAGUAACACAGUGAGUCCCAAGAUACAAAGUGGUGGUGGUGACUUACUAGACUGUUAGGUUUCCAGUGGCCAUACCCACUGAGAUAGACAGGGACCACAUGCUUGCAGCAGAUUCCUUCCUCAGCUGUGUCAGAAAGCAUGACAGAGGUGCUUCAUUCUCGUCUCCUAGAGGUCACAGGUGAGUCAGCCCUGCCUGGAGAGAGCAUCUCCAAGUGGCAGUGUGGGCCAGCAGCCUGUGGAGCAGAGGACAGUUCCUUGCCUAGUCUUCCUUCACAGAAGCAUUCGUUUAGAAAGCUGGCGAGCCGUGGGUCAAGCUUCAGUGAUGCAUCCUUCUCUUCGCUGACAGAACACACUGUUCACAUUUCCUUCCCUCCUGAGGUGAUAUAUCCUUAAAGCUAGGCUUUCCUCUGCUGACAAGGGGGCAGACUUAGUUUACUGAGCAUCGAGACCCAUUCCUCUCUCGGAAGGCUAUGCUCCAGAGGCUUCGUUCCUCUUCACAGUACACAUGGGAAAAACAAUUGCUCCAGUUUUCCCAUGUGGUACUUAGAACACAUUCACAAAAUUGGUUUUAUUUCUUAAUAAGGUGGGGACAGAAGCACUCCCUUGUGAGUGUCCCCCCAAUUCUUCACUGUGAGUGGGAAAUGUGCAGUUGCCUUUUCCCUCCCUGUCUUCAGACAGUAGGAGACUCACUCGCUGCCCUUCUGGUUAGUUGGCUUUGCACUUGUGGCACAGACGUUGGCAGGGCCACCCCGCUGGCAAGCACACUCCCCCAGCCUCACGGUGCCAGUGCUUCCUUGUGUGUAACAGCUUAGAGAGAAAGAAAGUUUUCUUAGGUGUUAUUGCUUUUGCUCAGAAUUUGCAAAAGGGUGUGUGUGUGUGUGUGUGUGUGUGUGUGUACACAUGUACAUAUAUAAUUAUUAAUCACCUCUGUCCUUGGGGAAAGUCUUGAAUGAACAGAAACUUUAUUUCAUUACAAUAUUGAUUGUAUAGAGGCACACUGUUCAACAGAAGAAGCAAAAAGGCUGUGUAUAAGUUUUUGGUACUAUGUACCAUCUAUGUUAUUCUGAAGUAUUCAUGUACUUAAACCAUAUUCUAUUUAAUUGUGUUUGAUUUUAAAAAAUAUAUAUAUAUAUGAAUUAUAUUUAAAA